UAUUCCAGGAAACGCGUCAUACUAAAUGGCUAAUUUUGACUUUGUGACUGUGCUAUCUAUUGGAAACCUCCUCAAUGUCACACAUGUUGUUGUGUAACGCUAGUUGACUUGUUGGUUUCUAGUAGCUAAAUUGUAUUAGCUAAUCAUGCAUAAAUUACAUUGUAUAUUAUCUAAUUCUGUCAGGAGUGCCUGCCAACAGGUUGCUGGUUCCUUCAAUGCAGGAGGCUCAAUUUGUGGAACCGGCGGUCUGCAGAGAGCAGUGUGCUCCAGUGCUGUCAGGUUGCAAGAGGAUGCCAGUGUCUCAGCCACACCUGGGAAAAUAUCCAAAGACUUCAGUCACCUCCCCCCGAUGCCUGGCCAGGACAGUGUGCUGAGAUGGGCUGGGAAGAAGUACGAGGAGUUGCCAAUAGCACAUAUCAAAGCCACAUAUAACAAUACACAUGUCCAGGUGACAGACUGUGAGGGCCAGUUCAUGGUCAGAACAUCGUGUGGAACCGAGGGGUUCAAGAACGUCAAGAAGUCCACUCCCAUCGCUGCUCAGACAGCAGGCAUCUCAGCUGCAGCGAAGGCCACAGCGGUGGGGGUGACGUUUGUCCGCGUGUUGGUGAAAGGUCUGGGUCCUGGACGCCUGUCUGCCAUCAAGGGUCUGACCAUGGGAGGAUUGGAGGUUGUGUCCAUCACAGACAACACCCCCGUACCACACAAUGGUUGUCGCCCUCGCAAGGCUCGAAGAAUAUGAACAGGACCGUACCAUCAUGGACUGCAGGGGUCCAGCCAUCUGUCUUGUAACAUGCUUAAUGUUGUUGUAUGAAGACUAUUUUUUUACUGGUAUUUAAGCAUUUUGGAAAAUACUUGUACUUGCAGAAAUGUUUAAAACAUUCAGGGCCUGUUUCCCAGACACAGAUUCAUCCCUGGACUGAAAAACAAGUUCAAUGUAGAAUCUUCAGUCCAGGUCUUAAUCUGUGUCUGGGGGAACUGGCUGAACCUGAAUGCAUGGACCAGCACAUCUAGUAACAGAUAGAAAAUGAUUCAUCGAUGUUUAUUAAAUCCAUAUACACCCAAA